AUGGUGAAAUCUUUGGAAGGCCUCACGGGCGAAGAAAUCGCUGACAUCGCCUACGCCCAAAAUUCUAUCCCACCUUCUGGCUUGGGUGCAAUAUGCGAGGUUUUGAUUUAUAUUUUUGCUGUCAUUUGCACCGUCGUGGUCGCACUCAGAGUCUACAUUAGGAUGUUCAAGAUCCAGAACGAUGUUAAAUGGCGACUGAAUGAUUAUUUGGCAGUGUUUGGAUUUCUUCCAUACAUUCCAGCAGCAAUACUCGGAGCUUUGUCCGUCCACUAUGGUGUCGGCGCAACAGACGAGUACCUUGACAAAUUCGAAAUGCGCAACUACAUCACUGUUCGGGGAAUGGAAUACUUGAUCCUGUUCGAACUCAUUUACUACGCGUCCUCAACGAUAACGAAAUUCGCUAUUGCUGUUACGAUCCUAUAUAUUUGUGUUGAGAGACGGUAUAAAUACAUCAUGUACGCGAUCAUGUGUAUCAUGGCUGUCACUGCUUUUAUCUGUGUGGUAUGGUUCUUUGUCAACUGCGUUCCUUUCCAAGGGUACUGGAAUCCCGGCGCAGGUGAAUGCAAGUCUUCGGAUGGCUUCUUGAAUCUGAGUUAUGUUGGUACAUCUGCGCAGGUGGCUAGCGACUGGGCUUGUGCAACGACGCCUUUCUUUAUUGUCUAUUCGCUGCAGAUGACGAGACGGAGUAAAAUUGCAGUCGUCGGAAUUCUCGGUCUUGGUGUAUUGGCUAGUAUUGCUGCUCUUAUGCGCAUCAUCUCGUACCAGUACAUCGAUAUACGAAAGUACCCCAACGACCACAUGGGCAAGCUAUACACGACCUCUAGGAAGACCGUUGCUAAUUUGUUUGUUUAG